AUGUUCAAAAAAAACCAUGAUGCAUUUCUGAUAUCAUAUGACAGCAUCAAGUAUAAUCACGAUGUCAAUGAUCUUCUUGAAACAUCUUUUGAUGUUCGGCAUGAUUUAUGCACCUGCACCGCCAGGGCAGCCGGCGGCCCCGGCAGCCCCGGCGGCCCGGCGAUCCGCGAGCCCCUGGCGCGACCAGUGACCAAGCCCGUGGUGGAACCAACAGCCCUGGCGUUGCGGGAGCCAUCGACGUCGGAGGCACAGAGGCUGCAGGCAGCGCCGAAUGAAACCACGCGGCUUCGCAUGGAGCUGGCACGGGCCAAAGCUGAUUUGGUUGAGUCUGAACACCAAGCGCAAGAGCUGCGAGAACAGUCACGGCAAGACCUUCAGGACAUGCUGUGGCAGCUGAAAGAUUCGGAGCAGCGGCUGUUGGCUUUGGCCAAGCAAGCAAAUCUUCGAGAACAGCAUGACAGACGCUCUGGUGAGUCCUGGGCCCUCACUGCUGUCGAAGACUUGCAGCAUUUGUUGAGCUUCCUACAUCCGGAGCGUCUGCAAGAAGACGCCUGUGCAUUCAGCCGUGGAGAGGCGACUGAAGCCUUGCCAGUUCCGUCGAGCUGUUUGGAGACUGUGACGACAGAAGACAGAGGAUAUGUUCAACAGUCCUUGAAGUGGUCCUCUGCAGUUGUGUCUGAAGCGCGCCAGAUGUACUUUAGCUUGUUCUUGAAGCUACGCAAUGCUGGCUGCUCUAUGCUGCUGCGGCUGCUGUCGCGACUCUGUGCACGGCAAUGUCUGCAGGCUUUCAAUCUGUUCAGAGGUCCAUCAGAAACGGCUACACCAGAGAGGUCCAAAGUCAGCGGGGAGGGUACCAUGACAACACAAACACCGAUGCCAAUGGAGGACAGUUGGCAGAGCUGGCAGAGUUGGUUGAGGUCUGCUCCCAAUUCCGCGCAGAAACCCGCGGAGAGUAAUGCUCCUGAUGGACCUCUACAGCGUGUGUUGGCAAAAGCUGCGCAUGGUGUGGCAGACAAUCAGCUGUGCAAAGUGUUGAUGCAUUGGCACGGCUAUUGCUUUCGGAGGAGACGUGCUCUUCACUGUCUGGUUAACCGCCUCCAACACUGUGAGGAUCGGAUCCGGCGAAGGGCGCUGCAGACCUUUCGUCUUUGGGCCAGCCAGCGUCGCUGGGAGACGCAUGCAGCGGAAGCAUCCAAGGACUUGGAAGCGCAGCAGCGGCGAGUGACACGUUCUCGUCGCUACUGGUCAGCCCAUCUGUUGAUGCGAGUGGAGCGUGGAAAUCUCACGAAGAUCUUCCGGUCCUGGGCUAGGCAUUGCCAACAGAUGCAAGAUCUCUCUUUGAAGUCGCAAAUCCAGGCUUUGGCACGUCACCGCAGCGCCCGUCCGCAGACCAUGGCCGCCUCCGAAAGCAAAGUCCUUGCUUUGGUGCUGGCGAGGUCCAAGGCCGCUGAAGGACAGCUGAUUUGUCGCUUUUUCAGUGCCUGGAGUCAGUGGCGACUUCGCAGCAAACUUCGAAGCGAAAAGAAGACGAACAGCCUGAAACUGGAAGCAAAAUCCAACCGCUGGUGGCUGCCAGUGACGUUCCAGGCUUGGAAACUUCAGCUUGGCACGCUGCGAUGGCUGCAAAGAUGUGAAGAUCGAUGGAAGGGACAGAAGACGCAGAGUCGAUUGCGGCGAAGUUGGACGUCUUGGCGGAGCCUCACUCUUUCCAGUGAAGUCAAACAGAGAAGAGUUCUGGAAAAGCAGGAGAUCAAGCAAGCAGCAAAGUCCUUGAUCUCCGCCUGGUUUUCCUGGACCCGUUUCCAGCGUCAAACGACUCGAUGGCACGCCAGCUUUGUGCGGCUGCUGCGGGCGGCACGCAGCAAUCGGAAAGUGAUCCUGCUGCAGGCGGCUUUGGCGUCGUGGCAACAGUUUACUCUGAGGACAUCUUUUGGCAUCAAAAAGUCCCAGCUGAAGGGUCAGCUCUACAGGAUGGAACGCCGACAGCACCUUCGACGGUGCUUCCAUGCAUGGACUUUGCAGAAGCACUCGCAGCUGCAGAGGAGCAGAUCUGCCACUGGAGCCUAUGGCCUGCAACUGGCGCAGCGGCAGUUCUUGCGUUGCUUGCUGCGGCAAUGGCGGCGGUGUGCGAAGAGAGCGCGGCUUUCAGCGACGGGCGGACGCAUGGGGUGGAGGGAGCAGAUGAUCAUGCAGAAGAUCUUCCUGCAGCUCCACUUCGUGGCGGUGCGCGGGAGAACGAUGCGUACGAUGGGCGCCAAGAUGUUGUGGAUGGCCAUAGGGAAGCAGCAGCAGCGGAGGUUUUCUGACCUUCUGCGCCGCUGGAAGGAGCAAGGAAGUCGAGGUCAACACAGGCGUCAAUUGGAGUGUUUGGCGGACAAGAAUUCCAAGGAGGUGUUGGGACUCUAUCUAUAUGCCUGGUACUUCCAGAGCCACUCCUUGCAGCGGCGGAAACGGCUGCGGCGGCUUCCGUUUCACGAGCCCACGGAGGCAGACCUGCACCGCCUCCGUCAGAGCUUCUCCCUUUGGCGUUGCCGCUGCCGCUUGCUGCGGCUGCACCAAUGGAGCGGCACCGGUGCCGGUGGUGCUCGUCGGGAGGGCGACAGGCGCUUGAUGCUUCGUGCUUGGCAGAAACUGGUGCAAGAAAAGCAGCGUGCCAGAGCGCUGGUCCUGUGGACAUGCUUCAAAGAAUGGACAGCACAGGUGGAGCAAGAUCAGCAGAUGCGACACAUGCGCAGCUUGGCGGCCACGGCAUGCGCGAAAGUCAGACAGCAAGCCUUGCUGCUGGCGGUGAUGGCUUUUUGGUCUCAACUUGCUUGUCAAGGGCGACAGACUGCUGUGAAUAUGGCGCUGAUUGCCAGCAGGCACCAAUGGUUAGUUGCUGCAGUCGCUGCGGGCAACCGAGCCAGCCUGGCUGGCGCUUGGAAGAGUUGGGUCCAUGGCAUCCAACGAGCACAGCAGGCCUUGCAUUCGAAGCGCUUCCUGUUGCGUCGAAGCGCUGAAUCCUUGCUUCGCUUGGCCUUUCGGGCCUUCGUCUGGGCCUUGGCCGGACACGCUGAAGACGCAAUGGGAAAGCCGCGGCCGAGACCCAAACGAACUCAGCUGAGUGUUCUGGGAGAAACCUUGGCUUUGCAACACCAUGGACAGCUGCUACGUGCUGCUGUGGCAGCCCUUCGUUGGAAUAUGACGGAGCUGAAGAUGCAUCAUCUGGGCAUACAGCAGGGUGCAGCAUCUGACGCUCUGAAGCAGCACGUGCGAAGAACGCUGAGUAUCUUGCAGCGCCAAGAGCGGCGCUCCAGCUCCGAGUAUGUAAGCUCUGCUUUGCAUGCUUGGCAUCAAGUGGUGACAACGUCGCGAAGACGGACGAAGGUUUUCGACAUCUUGCGCAGACCAGUUCAGAAAUUUGGGCUCUUGAGAUCUUUCAGCGCUUGGAAGGCUCGCGUCCUAGCGAGCAGAAGAGCCAGGUCCUUGAGCACCUUGCAGGACCGAAGAAUGGCCCUGGGCUUUUUGCUGCGUUGGUCACAUGCGGUGAGAAGUCUUCGGCAGCAGAAGGAGCGCCAACGCUUUGCACUCGGCGAAGGACAUCAGCGCGAUCGCAUGAUGUUGCACCGAAUGGUGCUGCACUGGCGUGCAGUGGUCGCGGAGGUCAAGAAAAACUGUGCUUUCCUACAGAGGAGUGUUGUGCUGGCUAUUGGCGCGUAUGAUCCCUGUGACCGACGUCAAGUGGCUGUGUGCUGGGCUUUUUGGCGACUCUACAUGCGUCAGAACGUGAAGGCCCUAGCACUGCGACUUCAGCGCUGCCGUGUGCGACUUCAGCAGUAUUGCACGGCAUGGGCGGCAAGUGCGCGAGAGGCUGGGCAGCAAAGGCGAGAGAUUCGGCACAUGGAGCGCAAGCAGGAGUUGUGGGCCGCAAAAGCCCGACGACGAGGGUUGCACCUCAGCUUUUGGAGAUGGCAGCUACAUCUGCAGAGCUCGAAGCUCCUUUUGAAGGCGGACUCCGCUGUGGCGCUCAAGGCAUCGUUAGGGCUGCUGAUUGUCCUGAGAUUCUGCUGGACCUCAUGGGCACUCCUUUCGAGUCAUAGGUGCAGCCUGGCUGAGCAAGGGCAACAGCGCAAAAUCCAGGGAGCCAGGCACUUGGUCUCCACCCUCCGUCGCAUCAUCGCCUCGCACCUGACGCGUCUGCGAGAGACCGUGCUGAAACGACGACGCGCCGAUCUUCGGUGCGGUGAGGCGCACUGGUGGGACUUUUACUGUACCUGGACUUCUCGACGGAUACAACAGGACAAGCUCAGGGCUUUUUGCCAUGCCUGGCAUGCGCUUGUGUUGAAGUUGACCCGAAAAAGCCAUCGAUCCAACAGUGCUAUGGAAGCGUUGGCGUUUUCAGCUGCGGAUCAUAUGGGACGCUGGUUGCGCUUGCUCUUGAGGGCUUGGAGAGCCGCCAAAGGUCGUGGCUCUCGUCGUCGCCGCUCCCAAGUCGUUCCACGCUGCGGUGCCAAAGGCAUGCUAGCGAGUCUCUUCCAGCUAUGGCGUCUUCACGUGCAACAGUUGCAUGAAGCCAGAGUAACACAGCAGCGAUGCAGCCAGGCUUGCGCCCAAUGGCUCAAGUGGCAUGAAGGGCAGCUACGCAAGCUGCUUCUGCUCCUGUGUUUCUGCGCUCUACGGUUUGAUGCGCUGUCUGCCCGUGCCCGCAAGGCGCACACACGGCUGGCGCAGGUCUGGUCCGAGCAGCUGCGGCAAGAGCGUCUUAUGGAGGCGACGAGGCAGCAGCGAGCUGCUCGUCGCUUUGAGAAGGAUCUGAGCCGCUUGAAGGCCCGCAGUUUCAGUGAUGGAAAGCUCCAGGCCAUGGGCUGCGAGCUGGAUCUGCCAGAGCCAGUGGCGCGGCCGCGGCCCGAGCCCACUGCCAUGCCCGCCAUGGCCAUUGCCAUCGAACCGGUGGUCCGUCAGCCGGCCAGCCCGUAG